UGUUUGGUGACGUCACUUGGGGGGGGGGCGGUCUGAGGUAGCGGAAGUACGUUGAGCACAUGGCUAGCAGGCUCAAGAAGUAAACAAUCCGAGUGUUUGGGCUAAAUAGUUGAAUUUUAUCACGCUAUUAUGUUAGUGACAUAUAAAAUGCAAUGUUUUGGCUGUGCUGGGUUGGCCGUUUGAGAUGUCAAGUGUUGUCACGGUAAUAUAGUGCAUUUUUCUGGUCCAGUUGCUGCUAUUGGGUUACGCAGGCAAAUCCGUUUCACUAUAUUGACUGGCGCCCCCUUAGAAAUACACUAUAUACUACAAUAUACAGCAGCAUUUUAAAUAUAUUAUCAAAUGUGUAUUUUUUACGUGCUCAUGUAGAGGAUUUAAUACAUGUAGCUUGGGUGUUGUCAUUAGAUCCGCACUUUCUGUCACUAAUAUAACCUUUGACCAGUCACAUGACCAUCAAAACACAAAUCUGGGUUUUGUUCACUGAAGAAAUGAAGCUUUUCAAUCUUUUCGGGCGCUUAAAAUCAAAUGUCAUAGGCAUGAUUCACGUCGGAGCCUUGCCAGGAACCCCCUUGAACCGCGCAGCUAUCUCUGAGAUCACAGAGGAGGCAUGUCGAGAGGCGGAAAUUUACCACCACGCAGGACUUGAUGGGCUGAUCAUUGAAAACAUGCAUGAUAUUCCAUACACCCUUGAGGUGGGUCCAGAAGUGUGUGCAUCCAUGACAGCUGUGUGUGCAGCAGUCAGGGGCCUGUAUCCAUCUUGGCCGCUUGGUGUUCAGAUUCUCUCAGCUGCAAACCAAUCAGCAUUGGCUGUUGCCCUGGCCUCAGGGCUGGAUUUCAUCCGUGCAGAGGGGUUUGUGUUCUCACAUGUUGCAGAUGAAGGCCUGUUAAAUGCUUGUGCUGGUGAGCUGCUGCGCUACCGCAGAAGCAUUGGAGCAGAGCAUAUUCAGAUCUUUACAGACAUCAAGAAAAAGCACAGUGCUCAUGCCCUAACUUCAGAUGUCAGCAUAGCUGAGACGGCCCAAGCAGCUGAGUUCUUCCUCUCCGAUGGAGUCAUCGUCACAGGAACUGCCACUGGAGCGCAGGCUGAUCCAGAGGAACUGAGGGAGGUUACCCAGUCUGUCCGGAUCCCUGUUCUCAUCGGCUCUGGUGUAACCCAUGAUAAUGUGGAGCACUACCUUCAAGCAAGUGCCAUGAUCAUUGGCUCCCAUUUCAAGAAAGGAGGUUACUGGGCAAAUGGUGUGGAUACUGAGAGAGUCAAAAGGCUCAUGGGGAAGAUGCAUGAACUUCGGGAGUAACUUGUAAUUCAGUUGUACAAAAAAA